AUGGGCUUCCUCAAGCCGAGCGCGACUGAAAAGUCGAAGUCGGCUGCCCAGGCCGUCGGAUCUGACUUGCUCGCGCCAGCGCCGGUCCUUGUUACGGAACUUGCCUACCCUACGAUGCGAGGCAAAAUAAGUGCGCUCUACAACACCUUUUUCUUUCUCGGAGCCAUCAUCGCCGCCUGGUCUACAUAUGCAAUUUUCCGUAUGUCUUCCACAUCGGCUUGGAGAAUUCCUUCUGUCUUGCAGGGCGCAAUCCCGGCAAUUCAGGUGACAUUCUUCUACUUCGUUCCGGAGUCUCCGAGGUGGCUCGUUGCCCACGGGAAGACCGAACAGGCUAGAGCGCUUCUCAUCCGCCAUCACGCCGGCGGCGACGCGUCCUCGGCCGUUGUCGACUACGAAAUCAGGCAGAUCAAAGAGAACGUUCGUCUCGAAACCGAGGCUGCCAAGGAAGCUUCGUAUCUCGAUCUUCUCAAGACGGCACCGAACCGCCGCCGGGUGCUCAUUGCCUGCAUUGUCGGUGUUGGCUCACAAUGGAGUGGUUCCCAACCUGUUUCGUACUACGUCAGUCUUGUUCUGAACACAGUUGGGAUCACAGCGACCAAGGAUCAAGCCCUCAUCAACGGUCUCCUCCAAUUGUUCAAUUGGAUUGCAGCGGUGUUUGCUGGUGCCAUGAUGGUUGACCGGAUAGGUCGACGGAAGCUAUUUCUCACUUUGACGGGUGGUAUGCUUGUGUGUUACGUCGCGUGGACCAUCCUCACAAGCGUCUUCAGCAGAACAAAAGCUGAGAGGGCUGACUACGCCGUGGUGGCAUUCAUCUUCAUCUAUUACUUCUUCUACGACGUUGCCUGGACGCCGCUCCUGAUGUCGUACGCGGUUGAGAUUUUCCCGUACACUCAGCGUGGAAGGGGCUUAACGAUUGCCCUCAGUUCUACCUUCAUCAGUCUCAUCAUUGGCCGAACCUUGGAGCAGAUUGCCGAAGUUUUUGACGGCAAGAACCACACACUUGGUACUGGCUGUGCUGGUGAAGAAAAGGCCGAUGGCGGCAAGGUUCAAGAAGUGGAAGAUUAUGCAGAUAGAAAGGCUUGAGCUGCUCGUCAACAAGCCUUGGUGGGAAUUACUUCACGGGUUCUUCAUUACAUCUGGUGGAAGGGUUACUUGUCAUUGCAGCAAUGGCGCAUACGGUUC